GCCGGCCCGUACCAGUGCUGUUCUGGGCCCGGAGUUGGGAGAGCGGGGUCGCGGCGGUGCGGCUGGACCACAUUCAGCGGCGACCGUGACAGGUAAUCUGACAGCACAGCCAUGGGGAAAGGACAAGAGAUGGAGGGAUGCGGCCAGUGCGUAAAAUACCUGCUGUUCUUCUCCAACUUCCUAAUACUGGUGGGCGGUGUCGCAGUGCUCGCCAUUGGAAUAUGGACGGUGGUUGACAAGACGGAGUUCGAACAGCUCCUGGGGACCGAUCUGUACGCUUCGUCAGCCUACAUCUUCGUGGCCACCGGCGUGGUGGUGACUCUUAUAUCGUUUCUCGGCUGCCUCGGGGCCAUCAAGGAGGUCCGAUGCAUGCUCUUUACGUACUUCAUCAUCCUGCUAGUGCUGUUCGUGGUGCUGCUGGUGGGCGGCAUCGUGAGCUACGUGUUCAGACAUCGCGUCAAGGACACCAUCAUGGCGCAGAUGAUGGCCUCGCAAGACGAGUACGAGACCAACCAGGCGGCCAAGGAUGCGUGGGACGCCGCUCAGUCACAGAUGGAGUGCUGCGGUGUAACCGGGCCUGCCAGUUGGACGGGCCAUGUCAGCCCCCUGCCCGACUCGUGCUGCCCGGGACCGGUGGAACCCGGAUCGUGCACGCUAGAUGACUCUUACCAGGCCGGCUGUAAGCAGCGUGUACAGGAGUUUGUGAUGGAACACGCCGCUGUACUGGGAGGAGUCGGAGUCGGCAUCGCCUUCGUAUUGUUCCUGGGUAUGGUGCUCUCCAUGGCACUCUUCAAGAUGAUCGUAUGAAGAGAGUGAGGAAAGAUGUGAAAGAAGAGUGAGGGAUGAGUGGAGACGAAGUGAGUGUGAGUGAGAAUUGAUUGACGUAUGUUGUGAGAGAUAUGGUUGCUAGGAAGGUAUGCAUAAGUCAGGGAUUCGAAGUCAUCAUGUUGGUUGAAACCGGAGGGCUGGGGGUAAUCCUACUGACUAAUUCUGCAAGGUCUGAUGGAUCGCAAAUCUGGAUGUCCGCGUUUGGGAAUUUUGGGAACUUUGGGAAUUGUAUCACUUCAGUCAGGGUGUGAAAGAUAUCCCAGGCGCUGUCGACCUGCAGACGGUAAUAUGAAAAGACGCCCAUAAAGCGCCGCCUGGAGCUCAGUUUGUUACAAGUGGAUCACGGCCCGAAUUUCCAGCAGUUGGUGACAGCGCGGGGUUUCCAGGAUCUCGGGGAUGAAUGAAAGGUACACUACAUUAACCUGGCGAUAAUGUCACUCUCAUUAGAGAAUUUAUCUCAACGAUAUUGUAAGAUAAUAAGACAAGUAUGUCUGCUUGAUGUGCUUGCUCCUUUGAAGUCUGCGACCGUCUAUUUAAACAAAAGUACCGGGAUUAAGUAUACAAUUCGAACUAUAAUGUUAGAUUUUCCAUCUCCGGGCACGUUGAUUAAAAGUUUUGUUUGGCCUAUUACUGCCUAGUGCCUAAUGAUCGUUUUCAAGGCAUAUGCCUAACAUUUUCAGUCAUGUUGUGCCAUGCUGAAUGGGAGUUGACGUAUCUGCCCUUGAACUCAAGCACUGAUAUCCCAAUUUUGUCUCUUAUUAGGUGGCUAAUUGCUCGUAGAUAUAUUUAUAAUAGGUCUCCUGCCUUAUGAUCAAUAGUUAGAUGUUGGCAUAUUGCCUUCAACCUGUGCUAGAAGUGAGUUGAAAGCAUGUGUACCUAUUGGUUAUCAUUCAUAUCGAAUCGAUCACAUCAACACAUAUCUCUGGUGCAGUUUUCUGUGUGGUGUUUCGUCUGAGUAAUGUUAAUAAAUUUAUCUCUUAUUA